AUGCGUGAGUUGAAGAUGAGAGCUAUGAAAAUCACAAAUAUCUGGCACAUCGUCUGUAUGAUUGUGAGUAUGACCUCUUUCAAUCCUACACAAGCGGAAUAUUCUGAACGUGAGCUGGUUAAGACUCUGUUGGAAUCUUACGAUGCUGUAAGCCGACCGGUGAUGAGCGGACAUGAUAUAGUCGUGGUUACGCUGGGACUUGCGCUUCAGAAGGUUAUUGACUUGGAUGAAAAGAACCAAAUAUUGUACACAUCACUACAGGUUCAACUCGAGUGGCAUGAUGAGGUACUUGCUCGUGGAGCUUUUCGUCACAUGGGGGAUAAAUUAACUCCAAACGGUAAUCAGAGGUGGAACGACAGCGAGAAGUUCGAGGAGGAAAAACUUCUCAUCAUCUUGCCCGCAGACAAAUUAUGGACACCGGAUUUAUACGUUUAUAACAAUGGAGCAGAUGGGACAAACGGGCUAGUGUACGUACGCGAGAGUUGGAUACGUGUGUAUACCACUGGUAGAGUCAGCUGGAACCUUCCUAUUAACAUACAGAGCGCUUGCAACGUAAACAUAUUCUAUUUCCCCUUUGACCGCCAAGUGUGUGAGCUCCAGCUGGCCUCCUGGACAUACGACAAGAGCCAACUUAUUUUAAAGCCAAAAACAACAAGCACAGAAGAGAUGCUUGAGUGGGCCAUCGAUAACGCAGAAUUUGCAGUCACAGGAGCUCAACUAAUCCUCAAUAACCGGACCAGCUUUGAUAAGCAGGAGUUCUCUCAGGUUACUCUAUGGCUGCACAUUGAACGCAGGGCCUUAUUCUACGGCUAUACAGUAAUCGCACCCAGCGUUCUCUUAUGUAUACUGACAAUAUGCAGUUUUUGCCUGCCCUGUGGAAACGCCAAAAAAGUGGAGAUCGGACUGACCGUGUUUCUGUUUCUCUAUUUCCUCCAAGUGACGAUUUCCGAACACACCCCAGAAUCGAGCACUACACCGCUUAUCAAUCUUUUCCUCACAUUGGUGAUGUCACUGAGCUCAUUUUCAAUCAUCUGUGCCACGUGUGUGCUCAACGUCAUUAGCCGAAGCCACGAAGAACCCUGCCCAGCACCAUCAUCAUUUGUAUGGUUUGUCGCAACCCAAGUUUUCGGUCGUAUGACAUUUAUGAGCUACAGUAAGCGUGACGAGCAGCUUUAUAUAGCCAUUCAAAACGACAUUCCCGAGAAUUCUGCUAACCCACCGUCAUUUGAAGACCAUACAAACUGUAACAAGGUCAACUCCUUAUUCGAAGAUGUUUCCACCGCCAGAAGGUUUAUGUGGAUUCACGUAGCUCGAGUAACAGAUCGUGUGCUAUUACUCCUCUAUCUGAUGAUGACGUUUCUGCUGCUUUUCAUGUUUCUCGUCUAUAUUCCGGCAUCUUCUGCCGCUUCUGUGUUGUGAGCACCAUCCUUCGCACAUGAUUAGUGCGGAAUGAAACAACUUAAUUUGUGGCAUAUCAUGCCAAAUGCUGACUUUCCGACAUUCAUUCUAAUAGUAUAUUUGACCUAAUUUAAUCAGAAACUUAGAUUUUUGAAGAAUAUCCCAUUUGACACAAACUGAUUGUUGUAUACUGAAGUGAAACGACGAGCACUAUGUAAAAAUUAUUUAUUCUCACUGGCAAUCGUUGCCACUCUCCUACCCAGUAUUGGAUGCUGGUUUUAAACUACAACUGGAGUGUCAUAAUAUUUUC